AUGGUCAUUUCCCAGAAGUUAGGAGAAGGGCAGAAGUUGGAACCUUCCAAAACAUUCUAAAACCAACAAGGCAACUUCUCUAAACAGCGGGAAAUAGUUCCUUAUGACAUAAAAAAUUACAGGGGCAGCCUCCUCUAAUGUCUCUCAUACAUCACAGACUCCCACUCUCUCUUCACCACCACCACCGCCGCCGCCACAUAUCUUUGCCGCUUCCUUCCAUCCCUACCGUCGCCCCAAGAAAGCUUGUGCGUUUUAUCAGCAUGUCGACCUCAUCACAAGAAAUAGCCACGGAAGAGAAACAAGAGCUCUUAACCCAAGUCUUGAAGUACCAUAACCAAACUAAGCACUCCUUUACCAAUUACGCCCGCGGCCCGCAUGGCCUCGACUGGGCCAACCAGCCCAACCCCUUCCGCCGCUACAUAUCCGCUCCGCUCCUCCCGCUACUCCACCCUACCUCAGAUGACCAAGAUUCCCCUCCCUAUUCCUCCCUCUUCAAUUCCCUCCCAUCUCCAAAACCCAUCUCCAAAACCACCAUUUCUCAACUCUUCUAUAAUUCUCUCGCUUUAUCAGCCUGGAAGACAACUGGGUUUUCGACGUGGUCGCUGCGCGUAAACCCAAGCAGCGGAAAUUUACACCCGACGGAAGCCUACAUCAUUUCACCUGCCAUAGAUUCCCUCUCGGAACGGUCUUUCGUCGCGCAUUAUGCGCCGAAAGAGCACGCGCUGGAGCUUAGAGCUCAACUUCCGUCUGAGUUUUUCGCGGGAUGUUUCCCUGAGGGUUCUUUUUUGAUUGGAUUAUCAUCUAUCUUCUGGCGUGAAGCUUGGAAGUAUGGAGAGAGGGCGUUUAGGUAUUGUAAUCACGAUGUGGGCCACGCGAUAGCGGCAGUCUCCAUGGCUGCAGCUGGGCUUGGAUGGGAUGUUAGACUUUUAGAUGGAUUGGGUUAUGAAGAGUUGGAGAAAUUAAUGGGACUAGAUACUUUUCCAAAAUUUAGCAUUCCUAGCAGGCCGGUGAGAGGGAGAAUGCCCGAGAUUGAAUUUGAGCAUCCUGAUUGUGUGUUGUUGGUUUUCCCCAGUGGUGGAGUUGGAUUUGAGGUGGAUUAUGAGAAGGUUAAAGUGGCUUUGUCCGAGUUUCAGAAUCUUGAAUGGAAGGGGGAACCUAAUAUGCUUAGUAAAGAGCAUAUAUGUUGGGAUAUCAUCUAUAGAACCGCAGAGGCCGUGAAAAAGGGCUUAACAAUGGCAAAAGAGUUGGUUUCUAAGCCUUUAAGGAGCAGUCGGAUGAUAAGUGAGAGUUCUUAUAAGGGGUUUAAUCUAAGCGAGGUGGUGAGGAAGCGGAGGAGUGCAGUUGAUAUGGAUAGUUUUACUACGAUGGCAAGAGAAACAUUCUAUCAGAUUUUGUUGCAUUGCAUGCCUUCAGGUUGUGGAGAAAAUGGAGGGAAGCAGAGGACUCAACUGGCAUUGCCGUUUCGGGCUUUGCCUUGGGACUCUGAAGUUCAUGCUGUUCUUUUUGUUCAUAGGGUCGUAGGUUUGCCAAACGGGUUAUACUUUCUAGUGAGGAACGAGGACAGUUUUUGUGAGCUUAGAACAGCUACAAGAUCAGAAUUCAAUUGGGUGAAGCCGGAUGACUGCCCCGAUGAUCUUCCUCUGUAUGAACUUGCACGAGGUGAUUGUCGGGAGAUUUCAAAACGGCUUUCAUGCAAUCAGGACAUUGCUAGUGAUGGAUGCUUCAGCCUCGGUAUGGUGGCUCAUCUUGAGCCCACUUUGCAGGAAAGAGGGGCUUGGAUGUAUCCACGGCUUUUCUGGGAAACUGGAGUGCUUGGCCAAGUCUUGUAUCUUGAAGCCCAUGCAGUUGGGGUUUCUGCUACUGGAAUUGGUUGCUUUUUUGAUGAUCCUGUCCAUGAGAUUCUUGGGUUGAAAGGGAUGAAGUUCCAGAGCCUUUAUCAUUUUACAGUUGGAGGCCCUGUGCUCGACAAAAGAAUCAUGAGCCUACCGGCAUAUCCAGGACCCAGUAUCGAUGCUUAAUUUGAAGAGCAGUGACAAGCCGCUGGCCUGUUUUCAACAGCAGCUUCUGUACAGUGAUAAUCAAGAGAAGAUAGUGCUGAAAUAGACGUGUUUUUAGCAAAUAAUUCAACAGCCGAGUUGUUUUUGUAAAUAUCCAAAGUGUUUAUAAUGCCUGAGGUAGAUGGAUCAUCGGAGGUGUUAAGUAGUUGUAUAUGAUUCUAUUGACAGGUAAAGUGCUCUUAUGUCGAAAUAAUUGACAGUUUGGCGUCCCAUUUUGGAACCAAGCCCAUGAUAUGUUGAAGGUUAUAGAGAUAUGGACCAGAAAACUGGGCUGGAGUAACUCGGGUCCAGACUAUUGAAAUUCAAUUUAUUUAUGUACUUAUCAUGUAC